CGCUCCGUUUGGUUAUUUUGUAAUCUUGAGUAAAUUUUAAGGGUUACUUAUUGUAUAAAUAAAUAUAAUCCAAAUAAAAUGUAUGUUGUUAACUUAGGUAUCCAGCAAUUGAAUAUUUAAGAAUGAUUAUAAACAUCUAAUGGUGAAUUUACACCAUGGGAAAACUCAGAACUUCAUAUUUUCCUUGUUUAAAUUCGCAAUGUAAACAGUCCUGCAUACUUGGUAUACGUGUGUGUGUUACUUGUGUGUUACUGAGAGUAAACUUCCUUGAAUUUUUUGUAGAAUACUUUCGGCAAAUCUUUAAUAAAUGCACAGAUAAAGUGUUCAUUAAUAUAAAUAAAUAGAUUGUCGAAAAAUAUUUAAGAAAAAUGCUUUACUUGGAAGAUUAUGUGGAAAUGAUUGAACAUCUACCUCAAGAAUUGAGAGAUCGGUUCACAGAAAUGCGAGAAAUGGAUUUAGGAGUUCAAAACUCAAUGGAUAGUUUAGAGAAAAAAGUAAAAACUUUUUUUUCUAAUGCAAAAAAAAUGAAACCAAAUGAAAAAGAGACAGAAUAUGAAAAUAUUAGAAAAGAAUAUUACAAAACGCUGGAAGAUGCUGACGAAAAAGUACAUCUAGCAAAUCAAAUGUACGACCUAGUGGAUAGAUAUUUACGAAGAUUAGAUCAGGAAUUACACAAAUUUAAAAUGGAACUUGAAGCAGAUAAUAAAGGUAUAACAGAAAUAUUGGAAAAAAGAUCGUUGGAAUUGGAUCAACCACCAACUAACAGUAGCCAAAAAGAGAAUCGAUACAGUUUUACAUCGAGUAGAACGAGGGAUCACCAUGGCCACUGUAAAUUUUAUUACAUUACAACUGAUAAUCUUUUAUCUAUUAUUUUUAUUUCUUUAUUCUGUCCUCUUGUUCAUUGUAAUAAUUAUUUAAUAACUGUAAUACUUGAUGAUAAUCUAAUUACAGCACGGUCGGAGAAACGAAGGGAUUCAAAUGCAUCAACAGCAUCCGUCGAAAAGAGAUUAGCUGCAGAAAAAAUAUUAACCAACGUUCCCGAAUCUCGUCCAACUUCAGCCAACUCAGGGCCUUUACUUGCUGCUACUAAUUUGGCGACGACUCCAACGCCUAGCAUUAAUUCUGUAAAUAAUGUCAGUUAUAAUCUUGGUCACAUCAGUGCUGGCGGGAAUGCAAUAGCUGCAGCAGCUUCACAAGCGAUUGCUGCCACUCAACAAAUGCAACAAGGAAGACGCACGGCGAGUCUGAAAGCCAGUUAUGAAGCAAUUAAUACAAGUGGUGGUGUUCACGCUGCUGAAUUUAGUAAAGAAUUAGCAGGAGCGGCGCAGACAGCAAUUGCAGCCAUUCAAGAAACCACAAAAAAACAUAAAAAGAAAGUUACGACAUCAGUGUCCAGCUCCAACGUUAUCACACCUACUACUCAACCUUCUAUCUCACCUCCGAUAAUUGCCACUACUGUUGCAACAACAAUCACGGAUACUGAUAAUCCGGAUUGGACUUACGAUCCAAACGAGCCACGAUACUGCAUAUGUAAUCAAGUUUCAUACGGUGACAUGGUUGCCUGUGACAAUUCUGAUUGUCCGUUUGAAUGGUUUCAUUAUCCUUGUGUGGGAAUCACAGCACCGCCAAAGGGAAAAUGGUACUGUCCUCAGUGUACAUCUUCAAUGAAAAGACGAGGAGGACGGAAAAAUUAAAUUUGUUCAUGUUAUUUUAGUCAUAUUACUCAAUACGAAAUUCAUGAUUUUCAUUAAAUCUAUGAAUCAAUUAUUUAUUUGAUACAAAAAUAUUAAAAAAAAUAAUAAAUUACAAUAUAAUAACAGCAAUGAAUAAUGAUAAGAUUAAUAGGUAUAAAGAUGAUCAAAUAAUAGCAACAGAUAUGUAAAUGUAUAUAGAAAUAAAAAAGGACUAGAAAAGUAAUGUAAAAGGAAAAGUAUAAAAAAAAAAAUGAAUAAGAUUGAAAAUAGCGUUAAAUUCAAUAAACAAAA